GUACGGUAUCGAUGUGCCCUUCAUAGAGGCCGAUCGCCAUCUAGUUGAAGGCGGCUGUGAGGAAAUGCUGCAAAGGGCUACCGAAAACAACGUAUGUUUCUGUGUUGUUGGAGAUGCGUUGUGUGCGACUACGCAUACGGACCUGUUCUUGCGAGCUAGAGCUAGGAACAUCGAGGUGUCGGUAGUUCAUAAUGCCAGUAUUAUGAACGCUAUAGCUUGCUGUGGGCUCCAUCUGUACCGAUUCGGAGAGACAGUGUCAAUUUGUUUUUGGGACGACUCAUGGAAGCCUGAUAGUUAUUUCGACAAAAUCGCAGACAAUGCCAAGCGGGGAUUGCACACUUUGUGCUUGUUGGACAUCAAAGUGAAGGAGCAAAGUGUUGUUAACCUAAUGAAGGGGAACGAAAUUUAUGAACCUCCGAGGUUCAUGUCGGUGCAGACAGCAUUAGAACAGCUUAUGGAGAUCGAUGAGAAGCGAGGCAAUCCUGGAAUUGUGGGCAAAGAUUCCCUCGUUGUGGGUGUCGCACGUGUUGGUUGCAAAGAUCAGUCAAUUGUCUUCGGUCGCGCCGAGGAUGUGGCCUCCGAGAAAGCAUCUGAGAAGCUCGGCGGUCCUCUCCAUUCGCUUGUAAUCUGUGCGCAGGUAACCAACCGUGAUGGCGUUUUAUGUUGUUCAUUUCUCACAU